AUGGUUCAAGUACACAUCGCGGUGCUGGACACCGAUGUUCCCUGUUAUCGGGUGUACGCUAAACGGGGGCUAUAUAGCACUCAGUUUCGUCGGCUCCUCCAGGCCGCUGCAGAGCGGAUAAACAAGCGCGGGCAGGAGCUGAAGAAUGGAGAGAUAGAGGUCCGGGUAACGGGGUUUGAUGUGGUCGGCGGAGUGUUCCCUUCCCUGGAGUGCCUGCGAGUGGACACGGUAACCGAUGGCAGCGUCUAUACAGAUUCUCGACCGCCCCCGAUAGACGCCAUCCUUGUGACCGGCGCGGCCGCAGCGGCGUACGAUGAUCUACACUGGAUACCGCCCCUGCAAUCCUAUCUCCAAAGGGUGUAUUCCGAGUUCCCUCUCGUCAGGAUCUUCGGCUCGUGCUUUGGCCAUCAACUUAUCGGGCAGGCCUUACUAGGGGCGGGGCCGGAUGCAAAGGGCGACCAGCUAUCUGGAAAGGUGGUCGUGAAGCUGAUGCCAGACGGCCACGAAAUUGGGCCGCACUCGAUCACGUUGAAUCCUGAGUUCGCACGCCGAUUCGUACCUUUCCAGCGAUUCUCGUCCACCAACCCGCUUCGCCUCCAGCUUAUCCACGGUGACGCUGUGGUACCUUAUCAGGAACUAAAUGGCGAAAAGGGAACGACAGACGACUUUCUCGAAGGAACGUGGAUGAGCCUUGGAAGCACCGACCGCUGCUCUAUCCAAGGGUUAUAUAACCCUGGUCGUGUCCUCACCCUGCAAGGCCACUUUGAAUACGACGCCUUUGCUACUGGGGAGCUUUGUCACCAAUUUGCGAAGACAUUCAGCUGGUCAGAAUCGCGGCUCUCUUCGCACCUGGAGAGGAUUUGGGGGUCAUCCAGACAUGACAUGGAGGAUGACGAUGACUCUGGCGUUGUGGCUGAAGCUGUUCUAUUGUUUUUUGCCGGGGAGGAUUAG